CCAUAUGCAGCCUCGUCCCUCUCCUCCCACACCCACCAGUAAUUAGCUUAUAAAACGCACCAAACAACCCACAUCACCACCAAGCAUACAUAUACAACCAUCACAACUACAAAAUAUAUAUUUUAUACGCAUACAUAUAUAUAUAUAUCUCGAAUACAUAUCCUCCAUUAUCUGCAAACGAAGAAGCCAAUUGACAAUAAAUAGCAACAUCAACGGUAUGACAGAGGAUAAUUGCCCUAGGGUGUCAUCCGCUGAAUCGAUGGCCUCCACCGAAUCUUCAACAACAAAGCAUAGAAAAAAGAGGAAGUGGGAUCAGCCUGCGGAAUCCUUGGUUUCAGUGGGAGUAGCGGUACCUGGGAUUCUUCCCUUGGGCAAUGUGGGAUCUCUUGUUGGGAUUGGACUUCCAGGUGUAGCUGCAGCCUCUGGAGCUCUUUUAAUGAAUCCUCUUACUGCCUGCUCUACAACUGUACCGCAGGUGUUUCAGGUGCCUUCCAUACAGCCACAUACUGCUGCAGUGGUCCAAAAAAUAACUCAAGCGAAAAUCCAAGAUGAGUUAAUAGCACGAGAAAUUGUCAUAAAUGAUGCAGAAUCUUCCAUUCGUUACAAGCUCACAAAACGUCAAACCCAGGAAGAGAUUCAGAAGUGCACAGGUGCUGUAGUUAUUACUAGGGGCAAAUAUCGUCCUCCUAAUGCACCACCUGAUGGUGAAAAACCACUAUAUCUUCACAUUUCUGCUGGGGCGCAUUUGAAGGAUACAGUGGAACGUAUUAAAGCAGUUGAUCUUGCAGCCGCCAUGGUUGAGGAAAUGCUGAAACAGGGUUCUGUGAACAAUGGAGUAAAGGUUACUCAGACACUGAGCACGUGUGUGUUUUUGGGUUUUGAAGCAGACCCAUCCUUGAACAUUGCUGCUCGUAUUCGUGGACCAAAUGACCAGUAUGUAAAUCACAUUAUGAAUGAAACAGGAGCAACUGUCUUACUAAGAGGAUGUGGUUCAGGAAAUUCUGGGAGUGCACAAGGCGAAGAAGGACAGCAACCACUGCAUUUAUUCUUGUCUAGUAAUACUCCCAAAAGUCUUGAAAAUGCGAAGCUUUUGGCUGAAAAUCUCUUGGAUACAAUCAGCAAAGAGUGUGGUCUUUCCAGGGUCUCAUCAAGUAAGGUCUAUGGUGCUGUUCCACCACCACAACAAUUGUUGGCUGGCGUUGAAAGUUCUGGGAAUGAGCUUCCGACAAAUAUUAGUUCAGCUGCCAGUUCAACAUCAUCUACUGCGGGCUCUAUACCAGUUCCACAAGCUACCCCGGUUACACUCCCUGGUUUUACUACUAUCAGUCCUCAGGCGACGGUAUCAGAAUCUGUGGGAUUGUUGAACUCUGGGAGCUCUCAACAAAACAUGCUUUGUUAUCCCCGGCCUUCAUUAACUGGUGGAACAAGCUAUAAUGGAUAUGGUGGGAUAUACCCCCAGGCCACACCUUUGCAACAAGUUGCCUUAGCCCUUAGACAGUCAUCUUCUCCGGUCACAUCUACAGUUGCUCCUGUGACAACAAUAGCAAGCACUGCAUCAAAGUCAAAUUUUGGGAAGGAGAAACGGCCUAAUCAGAAACGAAAGUUUCAGGAGUUACCUGUUGCCUCAAAGGGGCCUGCACAACCCCAUCAGGUUGGAUUUUUGCCCCCGAAGAACUCACUACGGGGAUCAGAAUUUGUUAAGCCAAGUGAACCAACACCAGAUUUAGGGGUGAGAAGUAUUUCAAUGAUGCCAGCUCCAAAGAAGCUAGUCCGGCCAUCAUCCAAUGGAAUGCCACUGCUCCCUCCAAGGACCAUGCCUCUGCCGCCACCACCGCCACCGCCAAAAUUCAAUUCAUCAGCACCUGUCCUUAAAGUGCAUGAGAGGAACACUAUUCUGAAUAAAACAAAUUCUGGAACUGUCCCUGACACUUUGAUCAAGCUAAUGGAAUAUGGGGAGGAAGAUGAUGACCCUGAUGAGACUGAAGAAUCCUUCAAAAGCAACUCAAAUGCAGUGGCGGCCCCAAAACCAUUCUGGGCGGUAUGAACCUUAGGUUGCAUCUCUGGGAUCACUGGCAAUAGCAGCACGUGAAUUUGGGCAUUUAUACACCUAAUUGUGUUGAAUUAGCACUUAGGAAGUGUUGAAGUGUGCGUUGCACGAGGCAAAACAAGGUGGCAGGAAAUUGUAAUGCAUAAGCUGUCUGCGAUCUAACCUCCGAGGCUAAAUCAGUUUGGUAAUGGCUUCUCAACAUUGGGUGUUGCAAGGAAAGCCGAGUGGAGGACCUUUGUUGUAACUUGUAUCCCGGUCUUUAAUCGUUUACAAUUAAUGUUGUAGCCUAGCCAUCUCUCAGCAAUUAGGCAAAUUAUUAGUUUUAGUCUAAAAAUUAUUUUUAGCUCGUGGAGUGAUUAACGGCUUUGUGUGGAAAUUUAUGAUGGAAUACAAGUUAGGGUGUCUGAACAUGGCUUUAAGGUCUCAGGGUUUAGUGUUUAAUUGUCAUAGAAUGUGAACUAUAAUUGGAUUCACUAGCUACUUGUCAUAGCUUUUGACCAUAUCAAGCUUUGACAAGUAGCACAGUUCACCCUUUACUUUUGGUCAUGAAAAA